GAUACACCCAUCGCUAUUCUCCGCCUCUGCUGCGUAAUUAACUAAAUAUUUUUCUAAAAAAGAGGCGACCACAAGAAACAAAUUCCGACUUUUCACCUGUUCAACCCAGCCAACCAACCAAAAGCACCAAUCCAGCAAACAAAUUACUAGUACAUCGAAAUGGCCAGCCGAAAGAAAUCCCUGCUGAAAGUUAUCAUCCUGGGCGACAGCAGUGUCGGCAAGACCUCGCUCAUGAAUCAGUAUGUAAACAAACGCUUCUCGAACCAAUACAAAGCCACAAUAGGAGCCGACUUCUGCACAAAAGAGGUGGUGGUAAACGACCGAGUGGUCACAAUGCAGAUCUGGGAUACUGCUGGUCAGGAACGCUUCCAGUCGCUCGGUGUGGCCUUUUACCGGGGAGCUGACUGCUGCGUGCUCGUCUAUGACGUUACGGCGCCCAACUCCUUCAAGAAUCUCGACUCUUGGCGCGACGAGUUCCUCAUACAAGCCAGUCCACGCGAUCCUGAGCAUUUCCCCUUCGUGGUAUUGGGUAACAAAGUGGAUCUGGACAACCGCCAGGUGUCCACCCGUCGGGCGCAGCAAUGGUGCCAAUCGAAGAACGAUAUACCUUACUAUGAAACGUCCGCCAAGGAGGGAAUUAAUGUAGAGCUCGCGUUUCAGACUAUAGCUAAGAAUGCCCUGGAGCAGGAAGCGGAGGCUGACGUUGUCAACGAUUUUCCCGAUCAGAUCAUUUUGAACUCGCAAAACAAUCGUCCUGGCAACCCCGACAACUGCCAGUGCUAAUGUAAUAACACAGCAUGGAUAAUUACACAAUCUAUAUUAUUAAAUAAUAUUUCCAACAUAAUAUUGAUCAAGAGAUGCAAGAAGUACGACGGACGACGGAAAAGAGUGUUCUAUGAUUAAGUAAAACAAUUUCAGCAAGCAGCAUAGUAAUUAAUUAAUUGAUAGGAUGCAAAGUUCAGAUUCAGAUAGACAUCAUCUAACAGCCGACUCCUUAAGGGCCUCUGGCAAUGGCUGCAACCGUAUACCCAACCCAACCCAACUAACUUACCCAUCCAACCGUUUCACAAAGAAGUGUACUCGUAUUACAAAUAUUCAUAUUCAUGCCCGCCUUCCUGUCUAGUUCUAUUUUGCCGUUUAAUUAGUCAAUUUUUGCACGCAUCGUCUGGCUAUGCAACAGCAGCUAAAAUUGAGAAUACAAUAACAAAGUAUCUUCGAAACACAACAAAACAAAACAAAAAAAUCUUGUGAUUGUAAAUUAAAUAAAAAAUAACUUUUUUAAUGUGAUUAUCGACAUUAUUUCCAACACUAUCGAAUCGGCAGUGCACCGUCCUGAUCGGCUCAGCUCCUAAACACCCAUUGCAAGACAUUCGGGCGAAUUUUGGAUUAGUAACUAUGUUAUUUGUGUAUAUCCUAUGAUUAUAAAUAGUAUUCCAUGUAAAAUUUCUCCUUGUUUUUUCGUAAUACACUUGUAAAUUGCGUAUAUUUGGUAUUUACUUUAUUUCCCUUAUCAAUACGAGAUAUACUUUGUUUAAUUUACAAAAUAAACAAUGAAGAAUUUACAAUAAAUCGUACGUCAUUAAGCUAA